AUGUCCCUCUACUACGACGCGGUGGGCAUCCUCACAGGCCCUGCCACCGGCGGCUCCUUCAAAUCCCGCCUCUACAACGCCCGCUCCCUUAAGGCCUCGCCCGCGCAGAUCUACGCCCUGAUCAUCGAAGCCUCGAAAUGGGAUCUCCUCCUCAAAGAGGUUAUCGAGAAGGCGGGGAUCUUGAAGUUGGAACCUAAGUUAACCCCCCUCCUCGCCCUCCUCCUCGUCCACGACCACCUCCUCGCCAAAUCCGGCAUCGCCGCCAAAGCCACCCACCCGCUGCGCCAAGCGAUCGAGCGUCACAAGGCCCGCCUGCGCGGGGAGUUCACCAAGGCGCGCGUCCGGCGCGGAUGCGCCACAGUCGACGCCCUGCGCGAAGCCAUCCGCUGCGAGAAGGUCGUCGCUGCCGGCGGGGAUCCCACGGUCACUGCGACAGCGGUCUACCCGCGCUGGGUGCGGGUCAACAACGUGCGGACGACGCUGGCCGAGCAACUCGCCACCACGUUCAAGGGGUAUGAGGUUGUGGGGUCGCUGGUGGAGCUUGGGGGCAUCGUGUCCAAAAAGGCGGCGCUCACGGCCGGUAAGAAGAUCUAUCUGGAUCAGCAUGUACCCGAUCUGGUGGCCGUGGCGCAGGGGGUGGAUCUGACAGUCACACCGGCUUAUAAGCGUGGGGAGAUCAUUCUCCAGGAUAAGGCGUCGUGUUUUCCGGCGUAUUUGCUGGUAGGCGAUGGGAGGUGGGAGGGUGGGGAGUUGUUGGAUGGUUGUGCCGCCCCGGGGAAUAAGACUACGCAUAUGGCUUCGCUGCUUUGCAAGCAUCCCCUCGGGGAAGGGCAGAGGAAGAGGAAGAGGGUGUGGUCUAUGGAUCAGUCGCAGGUCCGCGCCAAGACGCUUCAGAAGAUGGUGGCCACGGCGGGGGCGGAUGCUUUGGUGACGGUGUUGCCCGGGCAGGAUUUCCUGGCGCUGGAUCCGGAGGAGGAGCGCUUCGAGGGCGUGACGGGUUUGUUGCUCGAUCCGAGUUGUUCGGGGAGUGGGAUUUUGGGGAGAGAUGAUGUGCCGACGCUGGUUUUGCCGGAGGUGGGUGGCAAUGAUGGUAGGAAUGAGAGGCAGAAUGGGAAGAAGAGGAAGCGGAGACAGGAUGAUGAUGAGGGUCGGGAGGAGAGGAAACUCCCUGACGCAGAGGAGGACGAGGCCGCGCUGGCGGAGGACGAGAACGAUCUGCCUGCCAAUGGGCAUAUGGGCCCAGAGCGGCUGCAGAAGCUUUCCAAUCUGCAGACGAGGAUCGUGGAGCAUGCCCUGCACUUUCCGGCGGCGACGAGGGUCUCGUAUAGUACGUGCUCGGUGCAUAUGGUGGAGAACGAGGCGGUGGUGGCCAGGAUUCUGGCGUCGGAUGUGGCGAAGAGACGCGGGUGGAGGAUCAUGCGGAGGGAUGAGCAGCCGGAGGGGAUGCGGAAGUGGAAGCAUCGUGGGGUGCGGAGUGAGAAGCCUGCUGCAGGUGGUGCUGCUCAAGUCGAGGUGGGCGAUCUCGGUCUCUCGGAUGAGGUGCUGGAGGGUUGUCUGCGUUGUUGGCCCGGUGAUGAUGAAGGCACCGGCGGCUUUUUCAUUGCUGGGUUUGUGCGCGAUGGA